CGUUGACUAGGAUGUGAUAUGUAUGGUUCAGUGCACGCCCACGUCUGCCUGGCACAGGCGAACCUAACCCUACUUGCUAUCGUACGCCACCAGAUCCGCCCAAAUGGUGGAGACGUACAUGUAAAAAAGCUUUGGGAGGAUGGACAUGUUCUCUGAUUUUGCAGUAGACCUUGAUAAAGUGCUUGAUGAUUUUGAGCUAAGUGAAGAUCAGAAAACUCUACCGGGCAAGGUAAAAAGUAGCCCGCUACCGAAGGAGAAUUGCACGGAUCAGAAUCUGCUCGUCGCGCUUAAAACCAACCAACUAGCUGCGACUGGCGGCAACACGUCCAACAGCGCCGUCACCAGCUUGCGCUAUGACAUUUACGAGGAGCCGUGCGUCGCGCGUGAUACACGUUGCGACGGUGCAGGCGCAGUGUGGCAGGCCUCUGCCAACGGUAGCGCCGGUGAUCGCGUUCAUGACGACGGCGCGCACAGCGGCCGAGAGGCAGCACAGUGCGUGUCAGUAGCGAGCGGGAAAACCUGCCGUGGAGAUCGCACGGGGGCAGUGUUCGACGACCUGAUACCCGUGAAGGACAACCGGGAAGUGAACGGGCAUGCCGCAGCUGUGACUGCUGUCGUAGCUAAUGGCGACGUCUGUACGCCACUCGCCUUGUCGCACUUUAUCGGCGAUGAUAGCAUAGGUGACGUGCCAGCAGACGGUCAGUUGAACGUAAAUGGUCUGGGUGGUACGGGAAACUUGCAGUCGCAGCAUGCGUCUGGUCAGCAUACCCCACCAGAGGCACUCGGAAAGAGAGAUCUAGAGUCUGCCAGUGAAACUUCGGCAAAGUUCCUCAAAGGCGAACAAACGGUUUUGAACCACGGCCCUACAGACUGCAGUGUUAGGGCAUAUGCGGGCACUGCUGGCAGCGACAAUGAAUGUAGAACGCCAGUCUCAGCAACACACAUCCUCCCGAUCGAUACAGGUACUGUGGUGUCGUGUCAUGACACCAUUGCGGCCACCGUCGCGCAAGUGAGCUUUCCAAGAGGCUGCGAUUCCGGCUACAGUACAAUCGAGGACGGCUCGGAACAAAGUUUCGCGUUAAAUGCGACGCGAGCGGUAUCUCUGGAACAGGCUGCUGUGGCAGUGGCGCGGGACCCAGCCGCCGAAGUGAUUCGGAGUGGUGACGGCGGUGCCAAAUCGACCGAGCAACUGCAAAUGCCUGUGAUCGGAUUUACGUCGUUGGUGAACGACGACGACAACGUCAGCGACAGCGAACUCGAGGCGAUGCUGGCCAGUUCUGCACCAGCCGCCGCUCAAAGGGCUGCUGCCGAGUCGCGCGACGCUCCCGCGUCAGCAGCCGCCGGCGUCGACACACGCGUCACCCCGCCCGGACUACGCAGCCCCGUGCAUCAUCGGCACGCGGGCGGCCAAGUCGCUGCCGAGACGUCGCGCGUCGACGCCGCAGGGGGGUCCGGCGAGCGCGCGCGCCCGCGAGAAACAGCUGCUGCCGCGUCGGCGCACGGCAAGCCGAGCUACAGCCAGAGCGGCGCGCGCCCGAAGCACCGCUGGUUCAAGAGCGACGGCGGCGGCACGGUGCUGGAGAAGCUUGUCUACGAGCCGCUGCCCGGCGAACCGUCUCGCCGCGAGCGCCUCGCCUCCGACGCGACGACAUGA